GAUUUUCUCUGGUCUGCUUGUUCUCCGUCGUGGAUCUUUUACAGCCCCACGCUUUUUCGUUGGCCUGUUGUAUCCAAACACAACCAUCAUCUCUCUCACGUUUGAUGGAGGUUGGCUACAAGGAAAAGAGACAACAACAACACAACAAGAAGAAACGAAAGAUGGCAGAACCAGAUCCCAACAACCCGCAGGGCCUUUCGAAGAACCAGUUGAAAAAGCUGGCGAAAAAGGCCGAGAAGGAUGCGAAAAAAGCCGAGAAAAAGGGUGAUGGCGACCAAACGAACCAAGCGCCACCAGCAGCAGAUGCCAAGCCAGCAGCAGCUCCUGCCAAGGCACCAGCAGUCGCCAAGGCACCAGUAGCAGCAACUCCGAAAGAACCUCCGACUUGGAAGAUUGGUCAUGCCAAAGCCGGAGAUUCUUCUACGGUGAAAGUGGCAUUUGCCAGUCAACUGUUUGGUGUCUCGGUGUCGACCGCCAGCAAAUCCGAAGUGAAGAAACUGGCAGGUGAUGGGGAUUUCUUUCUUGCGUCCACCACCCAUCCAGUGCUGUGCUUUGGUGCCAGUGUCGUUGGAGGAGGAGGCAAUGCCAUGGCCAAAGCGUUGCGGUAUGGAUCGACUACCAUGAGUCCCUGCGUACCAUCGAUUGAUUUGUUGGUGGAUGAAUGGUGCGAAUGGGAACGUACCGUCUUGAGAACGGCCAAAAACGACAAGCAAGUCACUGCCGCACUCACGUAUCUAGAUGCAGCCAUUGCCAACAAGGCGGGUCCACCCGGUCCUGCCGUGCAUUUGGUCGGCCUCAUGGAUACUACCGCCGAUGUUGUCGUCGCGGUGACACUCCACGAACUCUUGGAGAAACAUUCCGCCGUCGCGGUGCCACCCGCCGUGGACAAUUACCGCAAAGCCCAUGCGGUUGCUCUCACACACGCCAAAGCGUUGGCCCAACAAUGGCACGAUGCCUCCAAUGUCAGUAAAAUCGUCCCCUACAAUCCAGACAAUCCUCUUUUGAAUCCCGUCUUGACGGCCAUUUUCCAACAAGCGGCACUCAAAGUUGUCAACGGAGAUGAAGAUUUGCUACCCGAUGCCAUGGUCAAGAAUUGUUCCAAUGCCAAACACGGCGAUUAUCAGUGUCAAUCUGCCAUGCCCAUGUUUGCCGCCAUGAAAAAGAGUGGAAAUAUGCCCGCCACGAUCAAAUCCCCCAAAGAUGUCGCACAGGCGAUUAUCGACCAUCUCGAUCCUACCCAUUUGGCGGUGAUUGAAAACAUUUCCAUUCAAGGACCGGGCUUUAUCGUCUGUUCCAUUACCAAGUCCUACUUACAAUCGCAUUUGAUCAAGUGGCUGGCAUCGGGCGUGUUGCCCAAACCCCCCAUUCCUCAAACGUUCGAAUGCGUCGUGGACUUUUCCUCUCCCAACAUUGCCAAGGAAAUGCACGUGGGUCAUUUGCGAUCGACUAUUAUUGGAGAAGCCGUCUGUCGGGUCUUGGAAUUUGUCGGACAUCACGUCCACAGAACCAAUCAUGUCGGUGAUUGGGGAACUCAGUUUGGCAUGCUCAUUCAAUACUUGAAGGAAGAAUAUCCCGAAGUGGGUCAAGAAGCCGAUGGCGGUGAAUUGCCCAACAUUACCGAUUUGACGGUCUUUUACAAAAAUGCCAAACAACGAUUCGACGAAUCGGCCGAAUUCAAAAAGACGGCACAAACCAAUGUCGUUGCACUCCAAUCAGGAGACAAGGAGUGCCUCAAAAUUUGGAAAAUGCUCUGUGACGUGAGUCGCAAAGAAUUUCAAAAGGUCUACAAUCGAUUGGAUGUCACACUCGAAGAAAAGGGAGAAUCCUUUUACAAUGACAAGAUUCCUGCCGUCAUUCAAGAAUUCGAUCAAGCCGGACUCGUCAAGAUUGAAGAGGGUGGUGCCAAGUGUGUCUUUGUCACAGGACAUUCCAUUCCGUUGAUGCUGCAAAAGAGCGAUGGUGGAUAUGGAUACGAUUCGACCGACAUGGCGGCACUCAAAUAUCGAUUGCAGACACUAAAGGCGCAGCGGAUUAUUGUCAUUACCGACUUUUCACAAGGCGGGCAUUUUGAAAUGUGUUAUGGUGCGGCCGACGAGAUUGGGUGGCUGACCAGUGGGCAACGAUUGGAUCAUAUUGGGUUUGGUACCGUCAUGGGCGAAGAUGGCAAACGAUUCAAGACGCGAUCGGGUGAUACCGUCCGAUUGGUCGAUUUGCUCGACGAAGCCGUCAAGCGCAUGGAAGAUUCGUUGCGACAGCGCAUUACCGACGGCAAGGCUAAUAUUACCGAAGCGGAAGUGCACGAAGUGGCCGAAGCCAUUGGAUAUGGGGCGGUCAAGUACUUUGAUUUGCGACGAAAUCCUACUACCAACUACAAGUUCUCGUACGAUCAAAUGCUCGAUACCAAGGGCAACACGGCCGUGUACUUGCUCUAUGCGCGUGUCCGGUUGGAGAGUAUUUGUGCCAAGGCAAAGGCGGAUCAUGGAGUGGAUGUCGAGGAACUCCUCAAAGCGGGCGAAGUACCGGUGCUAGAGCAUCCCUCCGAGCGCAACUUGGCCAAGGAACUGCACUUGUUUGCCGAAGUGUUGGAAACAACCUUGGACGAUUUGUUCCCGUACCACAUUUGCGAGUACGUGUACAAUGUGUCGAUUGCGGCAUCGGACUUUGUCACGCAAUGCAAAGUGUUGGGAGUUCCCGAGAUGAAGAGUCGACUGUUGCUGUGUCAUGCUACCAUGGUGGCGAUGCGUCAAUGCUUUGAUUUGUUGGGGAUUCGUCACGUUAAGCGUAUCUAACCAGGUAGCUAGCUCCUGGCCUGUUGGACUGAUACUAGCUAGUAAAAGAGAAAAGAUGCAUUCAAAGUUGUUCGGGUAGAUCUCAAUGCCAGAUUAGCUAUGUCCUUAGUUUCUUUGCCCUCUCUCGGUGUACAUUGCGCCUCUUGGUUGCAUGGAAAAUAGCUGGGCCCAUUCAGGUGCCUACCGGGACAUGGAGUAAUGUACCGAUACCAGGCACUGUACCGCACUAUCGAAGUCAGCGUCCGGCACUGUCUACUGUACUAGCUAGCUAGUACCGGUACAGAUUGCUUGCAGGAACACAACGAUUAGCCCGGGUUGUGUGGUUACUAGCCAGGAACAGCCGACUGCAGGAGCCCCACAAUACCAGCCAGAUGCUUGCUUGAUCUUCUUGUUACCGGUGUCAUGGAUCUGCCACGACUACUGUAGCUACGGUACCGGAAGGUCUAGCUAUUAGCCACUGGUGGCGUUUGUGGGAGGGGUCCAUACGUCCAUACUGCUUGUGACCCAUGUUGCAGUCAGUACUGGUACCAAGUACCGGUACGUCGUACUGCACAAAACUGUUCCUCUGGCACAACAGAUACUAGUACGACAAUCAUAAGCAAACCAAAGUUGACGUAGGUAGGUAGUAUUUUUUAACAUGUUAGACGUAUGAUAGUAGGA